CUUCACUGCUGCUGUAUUGUAGUAAUUACUCUCACGCAAACUCAUCACUAACUCACUCGCACAUCUCUAAUUGAACAGCUGAUUGCUGCGAAACGGAACAAAUGGAAAUUGAACGUGUGAACUAACGCACACAUGUGACGAGGCAAUACGCAAACACGACACCUUUGAAUUUCGCCUUCAAAUUGGCGAAACAAACACGGAGUUAUAUAAUCGCCGGCUGAAAACACAUGAGUCCGUACAGCGGAUCUGUGCGUCGUCUGCUGGACAGUUGGCCAGGAAAGAAGCGCUUCGGUGUCUACCGCUUCCUGCCGCUCUUCUUCUUUCUGGGCGCCGGCCUGGAGUUCUCUAUGAUCAAUUGGACAGUGGGCGAGACCAAUUUCUACCGCACUUUUAAGCGCCGCCAGGCGAAGAACUACGUAGAAGAGCAGCAGCAUCUGCAGGCGCAAGCCACGCACAGCACUCAGUGAACAAAAUGCCCGCCGGAGUUUCCUGGGGCCAGUACAUUAAGUUCCUGGGCUGCGCC